UCUCUGUUUCUCACCUUCGUCCCCCUCUCUCUUCUUCUCUCACUCUCCUUUAAUCCAUCUCCUUCUUCUUCAUUCCUGUGUCCCUUCCUUCAUACAGCCAAAAUGUCAAUGCAAGACUUACUCAAAGCUGAUGACAUCAAGAAGGCCCUGGACACAUUCAAAGCCGCUGACUCCUUUGACCAUAAGAAGUUCUUCGAGCUUGUUGGUCUGAAGGCCAUGUCUGCAGAGAACGUCAAGAAGGUCUUCAAAGUCCUGGACGUCGAUGCCAGCGGCUUUAUUGAGGAAGAUGAGCUCAAGUUUGUGCUGAAGGGCUUUUCCAAGGACGGCAGAGACCUGACUGAUAAGGAGACCAAAGCCUUCCUCACCGCUGCAGACAAGGACGGAGACGGCAAGAUCGGCAUUGACGAGUUUGAAGCCAUCGUGCACCAGUAAACAGGAAAACACCUGGCAACCCCCACCGCCUUCUCCUGUCCCUCACUCUGUCCCUCCGUCCUUCUAUUUAUUUACAUCAUUUUUUUAUACAGAAAAUGUCAACAUCACCUUCCGGGAAUCCAGCUUCCUUUUUUUUCUUUUUUUUUUAAACACACCUCUCUUCCUGUUCCUCUCUCCUCCAUUCUAUUUCUUUUCUCCAUCAAUGACAACCCCUCCACGCCCCAGCCCCUUCCCCAUCCCCCGCUCCCACGGAUAGAGCCGGUAAACCAACGUUACGCAAAAAGACGACAAAGCGACUGAGAAACACGACUGAGUCGUGAAGCAAAAACGAGAGAAAGAUAAAACUGACGAGAGAAAUAAAGUGAUAAAAGUCUUGCCUUGAACUAAAAC